UUUUACGCAAGGCUGACGUAACGCAAGCUCAGUGUUGUGGUUUUGAUAUUGUGCAAGGACCAAGUAUUGUGACAGGGACAUGUAAAAAUGGACCAGAAAUUAAGUUAACACUUCGCUGAUUUAUUUAGUCGCAAUAACAAGUCGGUGAGUCGCAUGCAACACAAGGAUUGAUUGAGGGAAGAAAUCUCGAUAGGCGCCUAAAUGCGUUCGUGACGUCUCAGCCGCUUGUUGAUAUAACUGUGGAUUAAGCAGCCGAGUUCAUCGUGGUUUUACUAGACUUUCCAAGACGUCAUUCAGAAUGAAGGCAUCUCAUGCAAGCUUUCGCUUCCGUCCUAUCGUUGUAUGUUUAUUACUCAACUACGUCUGGUCGUCUCCGACUCCGUUGCUCUACGCAAACGACGACAUAUACGAAGUUCAGAACGAUGGGAAUGUGGAAGAACAUCGAUUUAAUAGCAAAGGUGUCCAAUGGAAGAUUCAAACGAACUUACACAGACUAGAAGUUCUAUCGAAUGACCUGGCUUUAAGGAUACCUUUAGAGAGUUGCAUUGAAGAAAAAUUGACGGGACAGAUCAAGUAUGAAGACCAGGGGGAGAAAAAUUCAAAGUUUGAAGAAAUACACGAGAAAGCGGGAUUUCGCCACGUUCAUCGCUCCAGUAUGGCGGUCAGGCCCCACUGUGUAUUCGACGUGAUUGUACCAUUUGAAAACUCUUCCCAGUCCGCACGUAUACCAGGGGAGUUUUGCACUCCUGAGCACGUGACUGGAGGAGCAGCAGUUGGUGAUUACAAUGGAGACGGACUAGAAGACAUUUAUUUCUCCGUUUUUGAGGGAAGAAGUGUCUUGUACAAAAACAAUGGUGACGGAACUUUCACGGAUGUUAGCAAAGAGACAAAUAUUGGACCCAGCUCUCGCGCUAAUGGAGCCGUUUGGGCUGAUUUUGACCAAGAUGGAGACAUGGACCUUUAUGUGACAACAGUGGGUGACACUAGGCAUUACCUGUACAUUAAUUACAACGACUGGUUUAUAGAGGAGGCCAUAAAGAGAAACUGUUCUAUGCAAACAAGCGACAAGAGGAAACUAUCUGGAAUGACACCAAACGUCGGUGAUUUUGAUAAUGACGGAUUUGUAGAUAUUUACGUAACGGAAUGGCUUCCACACACUUUGGGAAAGCCUUCAACUUCUCGGCUUUUAAGGAACAAGGGCUAUCUUGCUAGUGGGUACUUCGAAGAUGUAACUUUUAGUAGUGGGGUUGAUAUGGACAAUUAUUACCACGGCUCCUCUCUCAAUCGAGGCACUUACACCUUUGGGUCUUCAUUCACAGACUUUGACAGUGACGGAUGGCAAGAGCUCCUUGUUACCGCUGAUUAUGGCGAUAGCAAGAUGUUUUGGAACACGCAGAUUAACACCUUUAACGAAUGCACGCAGCCUUGUGGACUUACUGCAAAACAGGACGCCAUGGGCCAUGCAAUCGGAGACUGGGACAACGAUGGAAAUCUUGACUGGUUUUCUAGUGCUAUCUGGCACAACAGAACUGAAUGUUCCGUAUCAGGAUGUAAGUUUGAUAACUCUGGGAAUGUGUUGUUUCGUAACUUGGGAGGCAGGCGGUUUGAAGAUGCCACAAUGCAGGCCGGUGUAACAAAUGGCGGCUGGGGAUGGGGCGCGGCGUUCAUCGACGUUGAUAAUAAUGGUUUUCUGGACAUCAUUAUGACAAGCGGCAUCGAUUUUCCCACAACAACCACGGACGAUCAUUUUCGCGGCAAUACCAUACAUCUGUGGCGAAACCUCGGGGCUGGUUACAAUGGAACAACUCAAGAGGUUUCUGCUUUGUACGGUCUGAAUGGCACUGCUCAGGGGCGUGGUCUGCUAAAGUGGGACUUUGAUGAUGACGGCGACGAGGACAUCGUAGUGUGCAAUAAUGUUGGAGAACCAUUUUUCUACCAAAAUCAACAAAAGGAGUCAAACAAGUGGAUAAGAAUACGUGUCAUGCAUCGCUGCCUUAUGCAUUAUGAUAAGUUGUGUGACAGUCUCGGAGCCCAAGUAAAAGUUAUCAUGGAAAACGGCCACACUCAGACGCAAGAAAUUGGUUCCAGUACACACUAUUUGGGUCAGAGUUCACAUGCAGCUCACUUUGGACUGGGCCAGGACAGUGGUAACGUAACAGUUAAAGUCAGGUGGCCGUAUGUAAAAAUGGAUGUAACCUACACCAAUGUGACCCCCAAUACACGAUUACGAGUUUUGCAGCCAGAGAGACCUGCUGACUCAGGAAAAGUGUUUCCAUAUUCCUCCCUGGACAAGUGCUACUCAUUAAAAGUAAUGGAGAUUACAAAACAGCCUCCUCAUGCGACUGUUACCAUCAACCCAAAUGGAAGAACAGUCAAUUUCCAAAGGAAACCAGGAAUACCGCUGGCAGAGAUAUCCACCGAGGCCUUCACUUAUAAAGUGGGUCUGGUGCCUACCACUGGUAAUCAACAGCUGUUGGAUAAUGCCACGUGUCUUGUGAUAUUUUCCUUUGAAAGAAACUACACUGAAAGUGAGUGUCAUGGUGGUAGAAAAAUUGGACCCAGGCCGACCGUAACAGAUGGAAGACGUCUUGAUGGUACCUCAUACAAUAAAUUCCACGUUUGGUGGGGUGCUGCGAUGGAGGACGUGACACGCGAGGUACCUGCCAUCUAUCCUGAUGGCAUUGCCUUGCCUGCUGGGACAUGUUCUCCAGAGGAAAAGAAAGCAGGAAAAUGUAGAUUCACAGAUGAAGUGAAUGGAUUUGGUAGUCAUAGGCCCCCACCGAGAACAAUCAGCAAUGCUCUCUUUAAACAGAUUGAAUCUAAGAUUAGCGCUAGACGUCUCAAUGAUCUACACUCUCACUUCGGUCAGUUCCUGGUGCACGACACGGAUUUCUCCAGCCCACUACCUCGCUACGAGUUUCAGGGAGUUUUGAGUGAUGUUUGGCUUCCUAUAAAAGUGCCAAAGGGGGAUGUGCACUUUGACCCGUCCAACGAAGGCGAUAUCUAUCUUCCGUUUGUACGUUCGACUUAUAACAGGUGCACUGGGCGUCACUCAGACACUCCGAGACAGCAAGUUAACAAACUAACUUCAUAUAUCGACGGUUCAGUCGUUUACGGUUCAUCAGAAUCAAGAAACAGAGCAUUACGAGAAUUCAAGGAUGGCAAAUUGAAGCUUGGGUCAGAUGGACUUAUACCGAAAAACACGAUGGCUUUGGAAAAUGACAAUCCUCUAGGCCGUGAUCCAAACAGUUUAUUGGUUGCUGGGGACUCACGAGCUAAUGUCCAGCCAAUGUUAAUCGCAUUCCACACUCUCUUUGUUCGGGAGCAUAACCGGCUCUGCGAUGAAUACAAGAAAAUACAUCCUCAGGCCACAGAUGAACAGUUGUUCCAAGCUGCACGUCGUAUGGUAGCGGCUGAACUUCAGGCCAUCACGUUCCGUGAAUAUCUGCCAGCGCUAUUGGGUGGGACUAAACACAUACCACCUCACCAGGAGUAUAACAGCAGUAUAAACGUGGGAAUAAGCAACAUAAUGGCCACAGCAGCUUACAGGUUUGGUCAUAGCCAAGUUAACACUCACCUGUGGAGGCUUGAAGAGGAUGGUUCGAUUUCUCCUAACGGCCAUCUUGCUUUAAGAGACGCCUACUUUGCACCCGAAAGAGUAUCAAGGGAGGGUGGGAUUGACCCUCUUUUCAGGGGAGCGGUAAAACAAGCCGCACAGGAGAUCGAUUUAGAGAUGGUGGAUGACAUGCGAAACGUUUUAUUUCCAUCUGGUAAUAAGGCUGGUUUGGAUUUAGCGGCUAUGAACAUCCAGCGAGGAAGAGAUCAUGGUUUACCAGACUAUAAAUCUGUCAGGAAGGCCCUUGGAUUAAAAGAGAUUCAAACCUUCCACGACAUCACAAACAACUCCAGGAUUGCCCAGAAGAUGGAAGAUAUCUACCAAGAUUUGGACACUGUUGACUUAUGGGUAGGGGGUUUAGCUGAAGACCACGAAGACGGUAGUGAACUGGGAGAGACAUUUAGAACAAUUGUGAUGCGAAACUUUUUGAGGAUCAGAGAUGGAGAUAGAUUCUGGUAUGAAAGCUAUCUCUCCAAGGAGGAGAUCGACACAAUCCACUCUCUAACGCUCAGCAAGAUCAUCCGCCUAAACACUGGAUUUAAGAGCGCUCCAGAUAACAUAUUCUUUUCCACGGAGCACUGUUCAACAGUCACAAAUUUUUGGUGCAUUCCCCAUAAAGAGACUGAAAUAGGAAACUGCACAGAUAUUCAGCAAACGCUGUGGACUCUAAGGCAAGAGUUAAAAAGGCAAAAGGAGAUUUGUAGGAUUGACAGUGACGUUUCCAAUACAACGACACAACAAGAACCCCCAAGGUCUGCUUUAUUUUACAUUUCAAUCAGCCUCGCGCUAGUCGCUCUGUUUUUUCUUGCUCUCUUUCUUCGUGUGUGGAUCCAACUUCGGCGAAAACAGAAAGCUGAAGCAGAGAAAAAUGUUGGGCAUGAACUGAAUUCUCGUGAUAACUUUGUAUUUUAGGGGACUAUAUUAGAAGAUACAUUCGCUCCUAUGAAAACGCUGGAAAAACUUUUUAAGACUGGUUGUUUCCGUAGGAAAAAAAAUAGAGACAGUAGGUUGUCACUAUAGAGGACGUUGAGACCAGAAAAUUGGCCCACUCGUCAAAAACAUUCUGCAGAGGUAGCCUGAACCUUCAACCUUCAAUAAUGUACCGAUACCCAGUUUGAUUAUUGAUCUUUUCAUAGAAAAUUUGGUAGCGUAUCAUAUAGAAUAAUUGUAAUAUUUUCAUCGUUUCUGAAAUAUAUUUGUAAAAUAUUUAUAGAGAGAGUAAUCUAGAUUAAAGUAAA